GCAACCGAGCUGAUGCAAGUUAACCAGAAGGAAGGGGAGUCCUUGAGGGAUUACAUGCAGCGGUUCAACAAAGCCACAUUGGACAUUGAUAAUGUCCCAGACACGAUUUGCCUGUCCGCCCUAUUGCAUGGGUUGAAGCGUGGCCGGUUCCUAGACGACCUGCUUGAAAACCCACCGAAGACGUGGAACGAGGUGAAUGACAGGUCGGCCAGCUUUAUACUGUCAGAGGACUUUCAGUCGUCCAAGCGACGAGCUGAUGAUAAGCCGAGUAGAGGCCAAGAACAACAACCAAGAAGAGAAGAAAAGAAGAAGCAGAAGGUGGGUGAGCAAUGGGGGAAACCAGCUGAGUUCCCGAAAUAUGCCAGUUAUAUUCCUUUAACCUUACCCAGGUCUCAAAUCCUGGCACAAAUUCAGCACUGGGUUCGGAGACCUCCACCCCCACUACAUGAUUCCCCGAGGGCAGAUAAGAGCAAGCAUUGUGACUACCACCGUGUAUAUGGUCACAAUACCGAGGACUGCCAACACUUGAAGGACGAGUUAGAGUUUUUGGCUCGUAACGGGAAGCUAGAAGGGUAUGUUCAGAAGCCUCACGCCCAGCAACCCACUCAAACCCAUUUUGUGCAGGCGUAUGACCGACCUCAAGGACAGAGAUACCAGCAUGGGGGGACGCAGGAUGCAUAUCAGGAUAACCAGUAUUCUUCUGAACAGAGCAGAGCGUACCGAGGACGUCCUUUCAACAGGAGAGGGCAGGGACCGAGAACCACUGCCCCUAAUCAAAAAGACAGAAAAGGGGUAGGCUACGCUGGGAUACCCCCACCUUAUGGUACAAUAAACAUGAUAUCAGGUGGUGUUCACUCUGGUGGCCAAAGCGCCCGAGCUCGCAAGGCAUAUGCCCGACAGGUGAUGACCGUCAACAAAAACAAACCCUUGAAACGGCCGUUUGAGGAAGCAGAAUGGGAAAAUACGCCCAUCACAUUCAGCCCGGCAGAUUACAAGCGAGCAGAAGGAGAGCCUGACAUUAUGAUGCCCCAUGCAGAUCCCUUUGUGACAACAGUUCAUAUAGGCAAUCAUAAUGUCAAUAAGGUGUUUAUUGACACUGGCAGUUCGCCAGAUAUCCUGUAUUGCGGUUGCUUCCAGAAGAUGCAGCUAAAUCCGAGCUCGCUGCCGAAGCACGAAGGACCAAUAUACGGGUUUGAUAACCAGCCCGUCCCUGUUGAGGGAGUUAUUACUCUUCCCAUAUAUGUAGGCUCAGAACCACGCUUCAGGAUGGCUUCGGUCACCUUCCUGGUCGUUAAGAUGGAAUCAGCUUUCAAUGCUAUACUGGGAAGAGCCACACUGUGCGAGCUGAAGGCUGUUAUCUCACAGCCCCACCUCUGUAUAAAGUUCCCAACUCCUCAGGGGGUAGGAGUGCUGAAAGGAAAUCAGAAGAUGGCUAGAGCCUGCUAUCAAGACACGUUCAAGAAAGUCGAGCUCGCUGCAGCCCCGACGAGUGUUGAGGGUUGGAAGCCAACCCAGCUUGGUCAACAGACAAUGAGCAUAUCAGACAUUGAGCAUCGACCUGAUAGCGUCGAGCAGAAGGCAGAGCCAGUAGAGCCAGUGGAAAUGGUGCCUUUAAACCCGGAUGUGCCGGAGAGAACAGUGAAGAUCGGCACCAAACUCACAAAGGAAAAGCGGGCAGAGCUUAUAGAAUUCCUAAGAACCAAUCAAGAUGUGCUCGCGUGGACCACUGAUGAAAUGCCUGGCAUCCCAGCGGAGCUGACAGUCCACAAGCUCAGCACAGACCCCACCAGGAGGCCGGUGGUACAGAAGCGUCGCCUUUUUGGCCCUGAGAAGCAAGCUGCCAUUGACGAGGAGAUACAAAAGUUGUUACAGGCAGGCUUCAUCAGAAGAGUGGAGUAUUCUGAAUGGGUGUCCAACCCUGUGCUCGUCAAAAAGCCAAAUGGCAAGUGGAGGAUGUGUAUUAACUUCACCAACCUCAAUGAUGCGUGUCCAAAAGACCCUCAUCCCUUGCCAAACGUCGAGAAGUUAGUGGAGCGGGCAGCGGGGCAUGAACGGAUGAGCUUUCUUGACGCCAGCUCAGGCUAUCACCAGGUUCAGUUGCUGUUGGACGACCAGGAGAAAACAGCUUUUUACGCUGGUGAUGCAAUCUACUGCUAUGUCAUGAUGCCGUUUGGCCUCAAAAAUGCUGGAGCAACAUACCAGAAGCUGGUGCAAAUCAUCUUUAAGCUCCAGAUCGGCAGAAACAUAGAAGUAUAUGUAGAUGAUAUGAUAGUCACCAGCGUGCGAGCUGAGGAUCACAUUGAUGACCUGGACGAAACAUUUCAAAACUUGCGUCGAGCUCAAAUGAAACUGAAUCCCUUGAAAUGCACGUUUGCUGUGGAAUCAGGGAAAUUCCUAGGAUAUACACGGGCGUCAGUUACCUUACCUUUGGAAUGUACAGAAUCUUAGAAAAUUUUACAGUUAACGUGUGUAAUGUUAUUUCGUUCAAGGUGUUAUUUAACAGUUGUAAAUAAAGAUAUACAGAAAAU